UGUACUGCUGAGUCCCUAGGAGCCUGGGAGCUUUGGCCCCUGAUGGGAGAGUAAAGGAUUGGAGGCUCUCAACUGGAGGAUCACCAGGUCCCUCUCCUCAGCCCACAGGAGCACCCUGACCCUGUCUAGUGGUCGACGGAUCCUGCCGGCCAGCUGCUGUUAGGAACCUGUCACCAUCCAAUGCUUCUUAGAGUCUAAGAUUAAUUUUCCAGACGAAGCAACUGAAGCUCAGAACAAUUAACUGAUGUACCCAUGGCCACAUUUUUAGAGUGAGAAGGCAGCUUUGCCAUCUGCUUCCUUAGGGAGGGAGGACCACAAAGGGGCUGCAUGCAAGAAGUGAGCUGUAGGAAGGGACUACUGAGUAGGCUUAUUUCCGGGUGAAGACUGAUCUCAUCUCUACUGUAACUAGCCCCUGGUGUACCCACUCUACCCAGAAAGGGAGGGUAGAAUAAAUAGGAUCCUAGUCAUUAUUUACUGAAAUGAUGUUUGACUUACUUGGGUUGUAGCUUGAAGGUUGGGGUGACAGCCUUCAGAAAGUGACAGCUGACACCCUAGAGUUGGCCCUACCCCAAGAUGGUAGUUCCAUCUUGGGAGGGUCAUCAGGUCACAGGGAGACCUGUGACAUUUUCUCAGAAAGUGAGGCCUUAGACAUUUUCUCAGAAAGGGAGGGUAAGGUGGGGUGGGGCAAGAUAAAGUAACACAGACAGGCUCGCUGCCCAGUUAAAUUGGCGACAGAGAGAAGACGUGCCUUGGGAGCGAAGCGCAGCGCUAGGGUCCCCUGAUAAGUUUUGGAGACUUGAUUCUACUCCCAGACGCACCCCCUCUAUGGAGUGAUCUGGACACUUCUAGAGAAGAGCGGGGGUCUCCAGCUUCUUCUUUUUGUUUUGUUUUUCAAGACAGGGUUUCUCUGUAGCUUUGGAGCCUGUCCUGGAACUAGCUCUUCUAGGCCAGGCUGGUCUCGAUCCACUUGCCUCUGCCUCCCGAGUGCGGGGAUUAAAGGCUUGUGCCACCACUGCCUGGCUGGCUCUCCAGCUUCUAGAGGUGGCCAGUGCUUGCUUUCGACAGGUGUCCCCAUCCCCGAACACCUUGGAAGGUGUGAUCUCUCUUUAGAGGUUUGGCCUGAAGGUAAGCUUCCUGCACCCUGGGAUCUUGUUGGGACCAGAUUUCCCCACAGGUACUUUGGCGUUACCCCAGGGAUCUGCGCUGUACUUGAGGAAGCAGGUCAUAAUGGCUGCAAGGAUGUCAGAACUGUGCCCAGAGAACACCUCAGCUGUUGUCUCAGGAAUGAGCACCAGCCCUGGGGGCCCGAGGAAGCAGCUGGGAGCCACAGGAUGCCUGUGGCCAUCAGAGCCCAUUAUUCUGGGGCCAGGAGAAUCUGCCCGGCAGCUGGUCCUAAGGAAGAUCCAGGAACUCACCACUGCGGGCCGCCAAGACCCCUUCAUGGUGGCUGACUUGGAUGUGCUGGCCGCCCGCCACCAGACCUUCCUCCAGGCCCUGCCCCAAGUCCAGCCCUUCUAUGCAGCGAAGUGCAACAGCAGCCCCUGGGUGCUGUCCAUCCUGGCUGCCCUGGGCACUGGCUUUAGUUGUGCCAGUCAGGGAGAGCUGGAGAAAGUGCUGGGCUUGGGCAUAGACCCCUCACGAAUCAUCUUCGCCAACCCCUGUAAGGCCAUCUCCCACAUCCAGUAUGCAGCCCGCCAUGGGGUGCAGCUUCUGACCUUCGACAGUGAGGAGGAGCUGGCUAAGGUGGCCCAGCACCAUCCUGGGGCCAGGUUGGUCCUCCGGAUACAGACCCGGAACAGUCAAAACACCUUCCCACUGAAUGCCAAGUUUGGAGCUCAGCUGGAGGCCUGCGCACACUUGCUUCAGGCUGCCAGAGAGCUGGGGUUGGCUGUGGUGGGAGCCACCUUCCAUGUGGGUAACGACUGCCAGACACCCCAGAGCUACAGGCAGGCCAUCGCUGACUGCCAUGGUGUAUUUGAGAUGGGCCGCACCGUGGGUCACUCCAUGAGCCUCCUGGAUCUCGGAGGAGGCUUCCCUGUAACUGAGGGCUCUGAAGCUAAUUUUGAGGAGAUGGCUAGAGUGAUCAAUGCUGCCAGGGCCCAGUACUUCCCGGAGGGGACUGGUGUCCAGGUCAUCGCAGAGCCUGGCCGCUUCUAUGCGGAGUCUGUAUGCACAGCUGCCGUGAACAUCAUAGCCAAGAAAGCCUCCCUGGAGCCAGGAGGCCACAGGAAGAUGGCAUACUAUCUCAAUGAGGGCUGUUAUGGUGCCUUCCGAAUCUUCCACAGGGAACCUGUCCCCAGGAUACCCAUUGUGGUGAAGGAGCUCCCCUCAGAGCCCCGCCUCUUCCCCUGCACCCUCUAUGGCCCCACAUGUGAUUCCUUUGACAAGCUCCCCUUGGAGGAGUUCCAGCUGCCGGAGUUGGAUGUGGGCGACUGGCUGAUUUUCCCUGACAUGGGUGCAUACAAGACCUCCAUGAGUUCCACCUUCAAUGGCUUCCCGAUCAUAACUGUCUAUGAUGCCAUGGGCCCCCAGCUCAGGAGCCUACUGAAGACAGCACCUUAGACCAGGACAUGGCCAGAAUAGAGACACAUCUGUCGCUGCCAAGCCUUUCCCGACCUGCCAGGGUUGUGUCACAACCUAACUCCAUCAUCUGAAUGAACCUUCCAGCAUCCUUGAACUGAAGAGAAUUCUCCCCCGUACAGCCCAUGGAAGGUGUGGGCUGCAGACACCUCCCAUGGAAGUGGGAAAGGCUCGGCCUUCAGAAUAGUGUGCUACUCAUUGGAUCUCUCUGCAAAUUGGGAGUGGGAACAUUGAUUUUUACUUUUCAAAGUAUAAAUAUGACCUGGCUUUGGUGAAAAUAUAAAACUGUGUUUAGAUGCAAGA